AUGGCACCACCAUCGACACCAGCCCAAUCGCGAUUCUUGCCCCCCAAGAAGGGCCAGCAGCCUCAGACAGGGAGGCAAGUGCCUCUGUCCCUGCACAACGGCCCGCGCCAAUUCGCCUCGACCCCGCGGUUCAACACCUCCGCAACGCCCAGGCCAGUCUCUCAACAGCAGCCACCGCCCUUUUCAACGCCGCUGCCAUCUUCGGCUAGGCCUCGUGCUACGCAGCAUGAGCCCCUGAGCGACGUGAUUGACACCUCUCCCAUAUCCCCAGAUGCGGACGAAGAUGGUGACGAGCACCGCACCCGGCUCGAUGAGUCCAUAGAGGUCGACUCGCUGUCGGCCUCCAGGUCUCCGUCUCGCCAUUUCCAGACGAGCAGGCCAGCAAAGCGCCGGCGGGUCUCUCUGUCCCCGGAGAUAGAUGCCAGCCCUGAUGAAUACCAACGCGAUGCACCCAUGGAGGAUGACGAACAACCAGAGGUCUCAAGCACACCUGUGUUUGAUGACAGGAUCGCGGUCCAAUCUUCUUUCGACCGCGAGAAGUCCACGGCGGACUCUCAACCGCAAUCGCCUCGGGCGGCAGAAGAGCAACCUCCUCGCCAUCCAACAUUCCACAACGCGCCGCGUUUCAAGACAGCCGAAAUUACUGCAGAAGUCCAGCAGCGUCCACUACCUGAGGCCUUCUCCCCCCAGCGCCGCGGCGCCAAAUACGUCGCCGGUGGCCUUGCAGCUGAAGUGCGCGACUGGCUCGUUCAGGUCAAGGGCGCUUCUGAGUAUGACAGACCUGCCGGGUCUAGCAUUGACGUGGUCGCUGACGACGCCAUGUCAGCCCCUGGCAUGCACGUCAUUGCCGCUCGGCGACUCGAUACUGCAGUCGAGGAUGAGAGCAUCCCUGGGAAGAUGUUCAAAAUGAGCAAAUCAUACCCCGAUCACGAGGAUGGAGGCUCUGACAGGUACGAACGCCUAGAGGAGCUUCUUCGACAGACACUCACGCUCGCCGGCGAGAUCGCCGAGGAUGAGGGAUGCCCCCUGCCAGACGAGUGCAUCAUUGUGCGAAGGAGGUCAAAUUCCGAUGCUACAGGAGGACACCGACAAGAUAUCCGCUCUAGGCUGCUCAAAAGGAGGAAGGCUUUGAAGUUCGACGAGAGCGAAGACAGCCAGAGCCAAAGCCAGAGCCCAGCAUCCUCGGUCCAAGAACCUUUCUCGCCCGGGUCUCUCGCAGUCAGCCUUGAUGCCGUUGUGGAGAAAGGAAAGACAUCGGAUAACGACUUAACCCCCAAAUCUCACCAAAAUUCGGAUGCCGUCCUGAAGAGGCCGCAGAAGAUCGAGGACGAGCGUUUGAAAGGCGAAACUACGGCACCGAAUCAACCUUCGCCCCCGAAGUGGCACAUCAGGAUCAUUCCCGUCGCCUCGAGCCGAGACUCGGGCAGCCCGGCUCCAUCCUCGCCCACUCUUAUGAAACUCGAGGCAAUCUUCCCGCUUAAGGCCUCCGCCGAAGGCAACGCCACAUCCUCACUGGCGUGCAGCGGAGAGACUUCGUACAUCAUCAUCGGCAGGCCGCCGAUGAUUGAUUCUUCACCGGAAAGCUCCCAUCCCCAAGCCGACGAAGAAGACAUCCUCGUUGCCCAGGAAAAGUCUCUGCAGGAGUUCAUCCAUGAGUGGCAACAUGAUGCCGAGUCGCCAGGCGUGGAGGAAAGGAGAUUGUGA